CAGCAACCGAGGCGCCGAAGAUCACCCCAAGAUGGUCCGUAGCCACUUUGGCUCGAGCUGUUCCUCCUUGCAGACGCAGUCGGCAUGCCCUGACAUACUGGUAUGGUGACAUCCGCUAACUUUCGCGAUUUACACAUCGCGGAGCCUGGCUGCGCUUCGUGCUCUCCGCGCUGCUGCUGAGGGAGCUUGCGCCGCGCCCCCACGCCAUCCAGGCGAGAUCGCCAGCCUCGAUGGGCGCCGGUGUGGACCUGGACGCCCUGGUGCUGGCCGAGGAGUCCAGCAUGCACAACCGCGCCAUGACGUUGCAGGCAUCGAUGGAGAGCGAGGAGGGCGGCCAGGUGGGGACCACCUUGUCUCCAGAACAGCGCACGGUCGCCCACCUUCAGAAGUAUGAGAAGGGCUUCAUCGUGGAGCUGACCAUGACCGAGACGCAGGAGACGGGAAAGCUGAUGGAAUUGCGGUAAAUUGCGCCGAUCUCCAGCCCGCCAAGGUAAUCACGAUCCAGAAGAAGGGCCUCAUCACGGAGUGGAACAAGAACAACCCGGACAAGGAAGUGCACGUGGGCGACGGCGUCGUUCGCGUCAACAGCAUCCAGUGGCACGCGAACACGGAGACAUUUAUCAAUCAUAUCGCCGGCCAGUUCAAAACCAGGCGCAAAGGGCUAGAGGGGACGGAUGACAUAUUUCCAUCCCUUCUCUUUCCCUUUCUCUGCCUUCACCUCCCCCUGGCGUUGUUUAUCCUUUGCGCCAUUCUCGAGCUUUGCAGAUUUAGAGCCUCAGAGCGGUACGAACACAUGUCCACGCUCCAUGCUUGCCUCAAUGGGUGUAUCUACAACCCCCAUGAGAGGAAGCGGGUGCCUUACAUAAUCUGGGCGGAGGCGAGUCCAUGUCCAUGCUCAAUGCGCGCUUCAAUGGGCGUGUCUACAGACCCACUGGAGCUGGGGCUGUUAUUGAAUAUCGUUUGCGGUGAAGGAACAGUUGUCAGGCUUUACAUCCAGAGGCCGAGGGUUUGGCAGUGCAACUGUUUUGCUUUGCAGCGGGAAGACGCUUACACAACAUUAUACGCUAUGAAUCGCCCAGCUGUUCAUGCCCGAUAAGCUAUACAGCUCCCUUGCAGGAUCAUGGGCUGGUCCCUUGGCCUCCAGCAUGGACAUGCGUGGACCCAGGAAUGAAUGCCGGUCGUCAUCAAGAAGAUCGAAGAAUGCGGCUCAGUGGCGCAGUGGAACAACGAACACCUGGACCAGUUGAUCUUGGGAGGAGACCAGGUCUUACAGUUCGAAACGUAUUUUUCAUUACAAAGCCACGAUUUGGAUGAUGGUCCUGAGAAACACUACAGGUCCGCCACCGUGGGCAACAGGAACAACAGGGCGGCGCUCGCUCGAGUCCAGAGGCCGCGGUGUAUCCAGGAGGCCUCCGAAGAGACGCAUCCAAUAGGGGGAAUCUUCCAGGAAGAGCAGCGGUCUAUCCAGAUCAACCUCCCUCAGGCCGCGAGCCCCUUCACCUGAUUGGUUGGGAGAUCGCGCCCUCUAGUCGCUUCUGCUCCCGUCCUUCGGCAACCAUUCUCAAUGCGAUUCGUUCUACUUCUGAUGAUCACCGACGCGUGCCGCGCCUGGUUUAAAAAGGUAUAACACCGUGCACCCCGAGACUAAUCGUUGUUGGCGAUUUUAUCGUCGUUGUGAAUGGUUCUUCUUGUGAACGGCACAAGACGGCUCAGGACUUGUCACAGCAGAGUAGCCGCCUGGAAGGGAUUGCCUGUAAUUCUUACGCUGUGGAGGCCUACUCGGCUUGCCACCAAGGGCCGCGAAAACAUGGAGCAUGGCUUGCAUAUAGAGCCCAAGGAUAUGGAGCACUUUAGAUGAUGCGGAGCACAACCACACCCGAGCCUCCGCCACUGUUGUCUGGUUCUGGCAUCCUCGCAAAUCUGCCGAGAAUUGCAGCACAGGGCGACGAGUACGAGGCGGCCAUGGAGGCCGAGUUCGGCGGGCGCACAGGAUCGCUUGCGCCGGCCCCCCCGAACCCACUCGACGGCAGCGGGUCGAAACCGCCCGCAGCCGCGCGCCACGGCGCAGCGCCCAAGGCCUCGGCCGACGGCAGCGCAUUGCCCGCUGACGGCGGCGCAGCAUCGAUUGCUGCGCCGAGGCCCAAGUCGCCGCCCGCCCUGUGCCCGGCGUUGAAGGCGCCGCCAAUCUGCCAGCACAGGGCUUGGACCAAGGCGCCGCAGCCUGAGGCGCGUUUCGCCCCUGUGCUGUGCUCCGGGCUUGUCGACGCGCACGGGCCCGGCCCACGGCGCUUCCGUCUGCCCAUUGCAGGUUGGUGCCGCCCUACGUGCCAACGCCGCGGCCCUGAACUGCCCAUGGCGCUGAUGACCGAAGGGGCCGGCAGAGAGUGGCAUCAAAGGGCGCUCGAGUGAUACACCAGACCGUCCACCACGCCGCCCGUGCCCCGCUGCGCAUAGGAAGAAUGGGACGCGUGGGG